AUGUGCAUAGUUUUUAUAUACUCUGGAUACCAUGAUCCAGAAAGCUGCUACAGUUUAGUUUUAGCUGCAAAUAGGGAUGAAUUUUUCGAUCGUCAAGCACAGAAUAUGGCUCCGUGGAAGGAAGACCAAACUAUCUUUGGAGGAAUUGAUUUAGAAGCGGAAUGUCAAAGCACAUGGUUAGCUUACUCGUUUUCUGAGAAGAAGAUUGGUUUACUUCUUAACUAUCCUGAAAUUAAAAAGGAAAGUCCUAAAAGUAGAGGGAAAAUUGUUACUGACUAUAUAAAAAGUCAAUAUACAACAGAUAAUUAUGUGCCCUUUAUCAGAGAUAAUGGAGAUGACUAUAAUGGAUUUAUCCUUGUGACAGUAGAGUUCAGAAAUAAAGAACCCCUUAUUCAAACAUAUACAAAUGCAACACAUAAUUUGCAGACAUGGACACAGAAAUGUGUAGGGUUUUCAAACAGCUUGCCAGAUACUCCUCUGUCAAAGGUGGUAGCUGGAAGGGAAAGAAUGCAAAAAAUUUGCGGAGAAUAUAAAGCAAUUGAAGAUAAAUCAAAAUUGAUAGAAAGUCUAUUGGAUUUUUUGAAAUCUAAAGAAAGACAUUUACCAGACCCAAUUCUACAAAACCGAAGACCAAUGGAUUACAAAUGUUUCUCAUCAAUAUUUGUUUGCCUACCAUCAGCCCGUUAUGGAACAAGGACACAUACUUUGAUGCUAGUUACAAAAAGUGGGCAUGUUGAUCUUAUAGAAGUUACUAUGCAAUCACCAAUCAACUUGUCUAGUCCAAAUUGGAAAAGAUCAAAUUUUCAAUUAUAA